AUGGCUUCUUCCUACAAGAGAUACCAAAUCAGAAAACGAAACCCUAACCCCAAAACCUCCGUCUUGUUAGUAAUCGAUAUGCAGAACCACUUCUCCUCCAUCGCCAAACCAAUAAUCCCAUCAAUCACGACAACCAUCAAUACCUGCCGCCGUGCUUCCAUCCCAGUCAUCUUCACUCGCCACUGCCACAAGUCCCCUGCCGAUCACGCCAUGCUUGGGGAGUGGUGGGGCAACGAUCUGAUCAUCGAUGGAACACCGGAUUCCGAGUUGAUGCCGGAGAUUGGGCGGCGGGAGGAGGAAUUGGUUGUGGAGAAGAACACAUAUAGUGGGUUUAGAGGAACGCAGCUGGAGGAUCGGCUGAAGGAUAUGGGAGUGGAGGAGGUGAUCGUGACAGGGGUGAUGACGAAUCUGUGCUGUGAAACGACGGCGAGGGAAGCUUUUGUGAGAGGGUUUAGGGUGUUUUUCUCAACGGAUGCUACGGCUACUUCGUCGGAGGAGCUGCAUCAGGCGACGUUGAUGAAUAUGGCUUACGGGUUUGCCUAUCUGGUUGAUUGUAAAACCCUUCAAACUGCUUUUUUUUCGUAA